AUGGUUGCGAAAGAAACUUGUCAAACGUCACCUCCCAAAUUACUGGCCAGGGCCAAUUCAGGUACAGCAGGAACAUCAUUUCUCCGCGGCCCCAAAAUGAUCUAUCUUUAUCGUGGGUACAGAAGCAAUUCAAAGACGUCUAACUCUUCUCGUGACACCGAGGAGCGCUUGUGGAGCUCCGAUGCGAAUGAGCCGGAUAUCAUCGACUUCAACUGGGUGAAGGUUACGCUUCUCGGACCAAGUUAUGGCUCUUUGAAUUCUUGGCCAGGACCAGCUGAGGCUUUCGCUAGCCUUUCGCAAGGUAACGGCACUCUUGCAGCUAUUUUGAAACAAGUAUGUGCAUCCCUUGUGAAUCAUCCUGCGGUCAGGAUUGCAAGCCAAGCCUCAAUGAUCAAGAUGACCGACGAAGAACAUCCUCACAAUGUGAUUUCAAGCGAGCCUUUGUCAAGCUCGUUUGACCCAAGCGAUCCUAUCUUGACUUUGCUACCAGAGGAGCAUGAUUCCAGCAGGAGAACAGACAAUGCGUUACUCUCAACAUGA